AUGCUGAGACCCGCGACGCCGCUGACGAUAUUGUUGGCUGUGGCUUUGGCCCUGCUCAUCAUAGCCGUUAUAUCGGCGCCCGUCACGAAGAGCAUUUAUCUCGGCAAAGCAGACGACACCAUUUAUGGCGUCUUUGGCAGAUGCACCGGCGGCAAGUGCAGCAGCGUCGGGCUGGGUUACGAUGUGACCGCCGAUGGCUCAAGUAAAUUUAGCCUGCCCGACUCUGUUCGCAAAACUCUCUCCAACGUUCUCAUUCUACACCCAGUCGCGGCUGGCAUCACUCUCAUCAUGUUGAUCAUGGCUGGGGCUUCUCACGCACACAGCGCCGCCCACUCCGCCAGAUACCUUCUCGCUCUCUUUAUUUUGACUGUUCUCGCGUUUCUCAUCACCAUUGUCGCCUUCGUCAUCGACAUUGUCCUCUUCCUGCCGCACAUGGCCUUUGGCACCUACCUGGUCCUCGCUGCCGCCGUCAUUAUCCUCAUCAGCGCCAUCGUGACAUUCUCCAUGCGUUCCUCCAUGGUCGGUAGAAAGGCCCGCAGGCGACAGAUUGCCGAGAAUGCCGAGAUGAGCGGCGAAAAUUACUACAACCGCGAGGCCACCAUGAAGCCCAUGGGCAGCACUUUUUCCAGCGUGCCCGCCCCGCCCACAACCAUGUCCGGCGCAAAUACGGAUGCCGACGGCCUGCCUGCGUUUGCCUCGUACGAGAGCAGCCGCCAAAAGGAUGACCAAGUUAGUGACGAGCGCAUCCCGCUUACACAGGUUCGCACCGCGGACCGCUCCCCACCAACAAACACGAGCGACCUCGCCAACGUUGGACCCUCACGGUCCGCCUCACGCGACAGAUACGCAAACCAGCCUGGCCAAGGGGACCCUUACGGGUCUCAGGGCCAGGGAUAUGGCCCCAACGGCCAAGGGUUCCCGCCCAACGGCCGCCCCAGAGGAGGCAUGCCUGGCUAUCGCGGAGGCGGUCCCCCGCGUGGCGGUCGUGGUGGCUACGGUAAUUAUGGCGCUCCGAUGCGCGGGAGAGGAGGCUAUGGUCGCGGCGGUAUGGGUCCUCGCGGCAGAGGCGGUCCCUACGGCCAGCCUCGAGACGGAUACGGCGGCCCUGCGAUGGCUGGCGCUGCGAUGGCGGGAGGUGCAAUGGCUGGAGCUGCAAUGACCCGUGGUGGCCGCCAAGGCUACGACAGACGACCUUCAGCCCCCGAAACAUACGACGCCUACAACAACCAGCCGGCCAACGGCCAAGGAGACUACAACAACUGGGGAUCGCAAAGCAACCCCGGCUAUGCAAACACCGAAGCAGACCUACCGCGCGCUGAAUCACCGCCGCCACUGCCCACCGAAGGCUCAACCACCGGCAGCUUUGGCCAACCUGUCGAGAUGGCUAGCAAUGAGACCAGCCAUCACGGCUACGGCGCACCGGCCGUCGACGCUAUCCCUGCCCACGAAACCGAUGCUACUGGCAUGGUUCACAUGCAGCAAGGCCACCCCACCGGACAGCCUCGCCCUGGCUACGUAAGUGAUGGAAGCAAGUACAGCACCGACGAGUACGUUCCUCCGCGCGCCGCUUGGAACCACGGCUCUGGCAGGCGAUCCCCUCGGGGCCAGUCACCCGGCUACGGUGCCGAUCGCCGCUCGCCACCUGUCGACUACCGCGGACCGACGAGCCCUCUGGCUGGCGGUCCUAGUGCCCCGGGUGUCUAUUAUGAAGACGUCGAGCCGCGAUACGAGACCUCGGGUCCGCAUCCUGCCCUCGUUGCCUCGCCUCCCGAGCCCAUGUACGACGACGUGCACCAUAUGGAUGGAUCGCGCAGCCCCGCGGGAUCGGAGCGAUCCAAUUUUACGUCGGUCUCGCAGCGUGGCAUCAACCCGCGCUGGAACCCGCAGCAGCACCCCAUGCCGGGCAACGGCCCGCGUCGCGCCCUGCAGCAGCGUCAAGAUAUGAUUCUGGACAAUCCCGACUUUCAGCUGUCCGGCGGCCGCUCCGGCAAGCCCAAGCACGGCAAUCCGUCCGGUCUUGUUCCUGGGAGCGCGUACCCCAACGCACCCAUGUAG